UACUGGUAUUAUUUAUUCGAAUCGAAUGAUCCAUCAAAUCGCUUUUUUCGCUCUUUCUCUCUCUCUACAUAUAACAGUUAUAAUCAAUAAAAUUGUGAUGAGAUUUAAAUCUAAAUGAUUUGGAAAAUCUAAAUAUAUAGAACAGUUGAAAAUUUUCGAAACCCACGUUUUUUUCUUCUUCUUCUUCGUCGGUGUAACUUUUUUUUUACAAAUCAAAAAAGAAAAAAAAUUCUUAUCGUUGAUGUUGUAGUUGUUGACCCACCUUCAUCGUGUGUGGAUCAUCCAAAGAAAAAAGAAAUAUUCAUAUUCAUUUGUGGAUUGUGGGUUUUGUGUGUGUGUUUGUUUGUUUGUUUUUCAAAUUUGAUACCGAUUCCGAUCACUGUGUUCAUUUAAUUUUUGUUUUGUUUUUAAAAAUUAAUUAACAAUAAUAAAAAUAUACUAAAAAAUGUGCUCGAAAAAAGGUCACGUUAAUCUAUUGUUUGAUAUUGAUAAUGAUAAUAUCGAUAAUGAUCAUCUUGAACAAUUACAAGAUAAAUGUGGUGUUUUUGCUUGUAUUGCCAAUGGUGAUUGGCCAACUAAUCUUGAUGUUGCCCAUAUUAUAUGUCUUGGUUUAAUUGGUCUUCAACACAGAGGUCAAGAAUCGGCUGGUAUAAUCACUUGUAAAUGGACACAUGAACCAUUGGCAAUUCAUCGUGGUAUUGGUCUUGUAUCACAGAUAUUCAAUGAAUCUGUAAUGAUGAGUUUAAAAGGUAAUCUUGGUAUUGGUCAUACAAGAUAUUCAACAAUGGGUGGUGCUGAUAAUGUACAAUUAGUACAACCAUUUAUGGUACAUGCUAGUUAUGGUACAAUUGCCGUUGCACAUAAUGGUGAAUUGGUUAAUUCGAAUCGUUUACGUGAACGAAUCUUAGCGAAUGGUGUUGGUCUUUCAACAGGUAGUGAUAGUGAACUUAUAACACAAGCAUUAUCGAUGGAACCACCGGAACAAUUUAAACAAGAGUAUUUAAUGCAUAAAUAUAAGAUGCCAAACCGUAUAUCAUCACCACAGAUAUCGAUGACAAAUGGCAAUUCUGAACAUAUAAUAGAUAAUAGUGAUACGGAAAGUAUUGAUUCGAAAGCAUCAAUGUAUCAGAGUAAAUUUUCUACACAAUUCUCACAUGAUAGUGAUAAAGAGGCAAAUUUUGUGGCCCGAAUUUUACAUCUUAUGUCGUUAACACCAUUAUCAUAUUCAUUGACAAUAUUGUUUGAUGAAUGUAUCUAUGCUAUACGUGAUCCAUUUGGUAAUCGACCAUUAUGUUUAGGUGCAUUAGUACCACCAAAUACACCAUUGGGUAAAAUUGAAAAUUUCGACAAUGUUGAUGGUUGGGUUGUUUCAUCCGAAUCAUGUUCAUUUCCAUCGGUUUGUGCACGUAUUGUACGUGAUGUAAUGCCCGGAGAAAUUGUUAAAUUGGAACAACAUAAACCACCACAAACAUUGGCCAUUGUACCUAGGCCAGAUAAUGCACCACCUGCUUUUUGCAUAUUUGAAUAUGUUUAUUUUGCAAGACCUGAUUCAAUGAUGGAAGGACAGAUGGUAUAUUCGGUACGAAAAAAAUGUGGUCAACAAUUGGCUAUAGAAGCACCGGUCGUUCGUGUUAACAAUGAUAAUUCUGAUUUGAUUGUUGCAGCCGUACCUGAAUCUUCUAUUCCGGCGGCAUUAGGUUAUUCGCAAGAAGCUAAACUUCCAUAUGUAGAAGUUUUCUGCAAAAAUCGUUAUGUUGGUCGUUCAUUUAUUCAACCAUCAAUGCGAUUACGACGAUUAGCUGUAGCCAAAAAAUUCGGUCCAUUAUCAUUGAAUUUUAUUGGUAAAUCAAUCAUAUUGAUCGAUGAUUCAAUUGUACGUGGUACAACCAUUGGACAAUUGAUUCGAUUACUCAAAGAUGCUGGUGCCAAAGAAGUACAUAUACGUAUUGCAUCACCAGCAUUACAUUUUCCUUGCUAUAUGGGCAUCAAUAUACCGACAAAAGAUGAAUUGAUUGCCAAUCAUUUUCAAGCAGAUCAAUUGGCACAACAACUUGGCGCAGCAUCACUUGUAUAUCUAUCGGUAGAUGGAUUAAAAAAAUCUGUACAAACCGGAAUUAAAGAUCAUAUUUUAAUGAAUAAUCCAAACAAAACAAUCAGCAAAGAAGAAUUACGUAAUCAAAUUGGCCAUUGUACUGCAUGUUUAACCGGACAAUAUCCUGUUAAACUUAGUUUUUGAAUGAAAAUCAAUGAUUUAUUAUUAUUAUUAUUAUUAUCAUUUUUUGUUUUUUGUCUUUCCGAUGAUGAUUGUACGAUUUCGAGGUUUAUUC